UUCCCCYACAAUGCACUGCGUUCACUCUUCGGAUCAUGGACCAAAGCGAGAAUGAUCUUCAAGGAAGCGAUGGAUCUGGGAGCUUGGGUGGACUGGAUGUUCGCAGACGAAUCCCCAUCAAACUCAUAUCGAAGCCCCCCUUGAGGAGUAAACCUCAGCCGCGUGUUCCAAGACCUGGCGGCAGGCCGCUUAAAAGUGAACCUGGAGAAGAUGAUAAAUUUAACUUCAAGCAAGAUGAUCGGUUUGAAUGUGCCACAAAGGCUGGUGAUGUAUUUGCCACUCAGAGGAGGUAUCCYCAGCCACUGUUUUGGGACUACAAGUUACAUUUAAUUGGUGAAAGGGAUGAAGUACCAAUUCACUUCUGUGACAAAUGUGGCCUCCCAAUUCAGCUGUAUGGGCGCAUGAUUCCCUGCAAACAUGUAUUUUGCUACGACUGUGCUUUGCUGCAUGAGAAAAAAGGAGAGAAGAUGUGCCCUGGUCUCUCUCUGUACAGCUGCACGGAUCCGGUUCAGCGCAUUGAGCAGUGUCAGCGAGGUUCCCUCUACAUGUGCAGUGUUGUGCCAGGAUGCAAGCGCACCUAUCUGUCCCAGCGUGACCUCCAGGCCCAUGUGAACCACCGCCACCUGAGGGCGUCCAAGUCCUCCAUGGGCCGCCCGGACCCUUUGCACCUGCCGCCUGUGUCCGAGGUCUCGGAGCGGUUUCGUGUGCCUCCGCCUCACAUACCCAAAAACCACAUCCACCACCCCAACCCACUCCAGCACGGCAGCCACGACCCCUACGGUCAGCCGCCCCCGCCCACCCCUCACGACGGCCCACCCCCUCCUUCGCCUCUAGGGCCCGAGACAUUCCGUAUCUCCACGGUAACGACUCGUAAACACAGCAAUCUCAUCACCGUGCCCAUCCAGGAUGACUCCUCCACAAGGGACCCCCUCUCUGGUGGUCCCGGUCAGCCCCCUCACCACCACCCUGGAGACUAUCCUGGCCAGCCUCCUGUAGUGUCACAUUCUCACCACAUGAUGGGGCCACCGCAGCAUAACUUCGGCCCCCCUCCUCCUCCACCCCCUCCCAUCAGUCACCCAAUGCAGCAUCCUUCUCAGGCCUCCAGGACCCCUCACAUGGUGUACAGCCAGGCCCCUCCUCCCCCGAUGACCUCAGCCCCCCCACCUAUCACUCCACCACCGGGGCACAUCAUAGGUCAAAUACCCCCUUAUAUUAACCACCCACCUCCAGGACCUCCACCACAGCACAGCGGACCCCCUGUUAAUGCCCCACCACCACAUCACUAUAACCCCAGCUCCAUGCAGCAGUUCCCCGAAGACCAGGGCACUCUUAGUCCCCCUUUUAGCCAACCCGGAGGGCUGAGUCCUGGGAUGUGGCCCGCUCCGAGAGGGCCACCGCCUCCACGGAUGCAGGGUCCGCCUCCCCAGGGCCAGAUGCCCGGGCCACACCACCCAGAUCAGGGUCAUUAUCGACCUUACUAUCAGUAAACUGCAAAGUGGGCAAACAUUCAGUGUCAUUUCAUUUUCAUAAAACUUAACUGAAUUAUGUGAUAGUAAACCUCAGGGUUCCAGGAUGUAGGACUUUGAUUUUUAUAAACAAACUGCCCUGAAUUAAACGUAUACGUGGUGCACAUUUUAGCUAGCUGUGUUCAGCUGAACAUCAACUCUGAUAAAUGCAAGAAUGUCCCUUUCUUUUAAAAUAACCUUUGAAUAUCUGUAUGUCUGCUGAUGUUUCACACACCUUCAUUAAAUGAUGUUACCAGUUCUAAAAACA